CACGUCAUUCGGAUUGCUUGCCUGGCUGCAUCUAAACAAAAAUUAGCGUUCGUUCGUGUUUUCAGAGCUUCUGGUCGCUUUUAUGUGAAAUUUCCGCAGGUAAUCGGUUUUGUGAACAGUGUCUGACCGGGAACAAUGAGUGAUGGCGACAAAACCAUGUACGGGACAACGUUGUCCCUGGAAUCGAUCAAGGUAAUCGCGGAAAGUAUCGGUGUCGGCAGCCUCCCGGAUGACGCCGCCAAGGAACUGGCCGACGACGUGUCGUUCAAGCUCAAGCAAAUUGUGCAGGAUGCGGCCAAGUUUAUGCACCACUCCAAGCGGAUGAAGAUGUCCAUUGCGGAUAUUGACCACUCGCUGAAGGUGCGAAACAUUGAGCCGCAGUAUGGUUUUGUGUCGCCAGAUUUCAUCCCGUUCCGGUUCGCAUCCGGUGGAGGGCGAGAGUUGCAUUUUAUCGAGGAAAAGGAAAUCGAUCUGGCGGAUGUUAUCCAGACGGCACCGCCGAAGAUUCCAUUGGAUAUAACGUUGCGAGCGCAUUGGCUUUGCGUGGACGGAGUUCAACCCACGAUUCCAGAGAAUCCUCCACCAUUAUCGAAGGAUCUGCAAGCACUGGAUUCGGUCAAUCCAGUUAACAAACUGGACAGGGCACACCUUAAAGACACAACCGGCAAACCGGCCAUCAAAGCUCAGAAACUGAAGAACGUAGAAACGGUCCACGUCAAACAGUUGGCCACCCACGAGCUGUCCGUCGAGCAACAGUUGUACUACAAGGAGAUAACGGAAGCUUGCGUAGGGUCAGACGAGGCCCGGCGAGCGGAAGCACUACAAUCGUUGGCUUGCGAUCCGGGACUGCAUGAGAUGCUGCCGAGGAUGUGUACAUUCAUUGCCGAGGGUGUGAAGGUCAAUGUGGUGCAGAAUAAUUUGGCACUGCUGAUUUACCUGAUGCGAAUGGUCAGGGCACUGUUGGACAACCCGGCGCUGUAUUUGGAAAAAUAUCUUCAUGAACUUAUUCCAUCAGUAUCCACGUGCAUAGUAUCGAGACAGUUAUGCAUGCGACCAGAACUGGACAACCAUUGGGCCCUGCGAGAUUUUGCUGCCCGCCUCAUGGCUCAGAUCUGCAAAAACUUCAACACCUCCACUAACAAUCUACAAACCCGUGUCACCAGAUUGUUCAGCUCGGCACUACAGAAUGAUAAAACGCCACUCUCGUCGCUGUACGGAGCUUUGGAAGGCCUAUCCGAGCUGGGGACCGAAGUCAUCAAGGUUUUCAUCAUUCCUCGGCUGAAGUUCAUCUCCGAGCGAGUGGAAGUGCAUCUCCAAGGAAGCAACAUCAGCGCCACGGAUAAAAUUGCCGCCGGACAUAUCCGGGCCAUGCUACAGAAGGCAUGUUCUCCGGUACUGAAGACGCUGAGAAACCCUCCGGAUGUCGUCGAAGAAUACAAGAAAGAUUACGGUUUCUUAGGCCCCACGCUGCAUCAGGGGGUUAUCAAGGCUCGAACAGCUCCCCCACCCACGCCAGCCAGCACCAGUGCCAGUGCUUCGGCGGCUAAUGUCUCGCUUGUUACGACUACAUCCAGCACCCCGGCUCGCCCUCAAACGCCCCUGGCCGGCACUAGCAAGCCUUCAUCUGCGAUCAGUUCCGGUCCGCUACAGAGACAAACUUCGCAGGGUGGCCCAUCGACAGUGGGAGGCCAACAGCAAAAGUUUGUCAUCGUUAGCCAACGUCAGCAGACGCCGUCCCCAUCUCAAGACGAUUUUGUAGGUAUUAUACAACAGAGUCAACGCUCCGCCAGCACCAGUGGCGCCUUGCAGACGGGGCUGAUCAAAAUCGAACCGCAGUCGUCCAGUGGGCAGAAGGUGGUGCUCAUCAAUCAAUCAUCCGGCCAGCAGGGACCGACAGCCAAUGUGAUCACCAAACCGUCGCCGUUUGGCGGAGACGGAGGUUUACAGCCGCCGGAGCUGGAUGAUCUAUCCCAUUUGGCGUAAGGUAAGGUUUGAAUCGUGAUGAUUUUUCUUCAAAUGAUAGAAUGGAGUGAAUAUUUCAACCUUAUUCUUGUAUUAGAAUAUAGAUGUGCUCUUCGAAAUGUGAAA